AUGGCGCCAUCUACAGAUUCCGAGUUUGUGACUAUAGUCUCAAAUGACGGAUUUGAAUUCAUUAUCCCUCGCAGCGCAGCUUGCGUCUCAGGUACCAUCCGGCGCAUGCUGGACCCUUCGAGCAAAUUCCCUGAGGGUCUCACCGGUCGCUGUGUGUUGGAGGAAUUCUCUGGCAUCGUUGUCGAAAAAAUCUGCGAAUACUUUUGCUACAAUGAAAAACACAAGGACCAAGUCAACGUACCGGACAUGGAUAUUCCACCUGAGUUGUGCCUGGAACUCCUGAUGGCCGCCGAUUUCUUGGAUACUUGA